GAACUACCGGAAACAGGACAGGAGAAGAAGAAGAGUCCACGCUCAUGCAACAAGGAUACUUGUGAAACAUGAAAGCCGCUAGCUGAUGCUCAAAACCUCAGACCUUUUACAUGUGUUGAGUUGAGUGUCAGUAAGAGUCGCUGACCUCGGAGCUGUCGCGGUAUAACAAAAAAAAAAAUCACAAAGAACAACUGAAUCUGUGCCAGCGUGAAGAAAUGAGUUCGGUCAGACAGGAAGGUAAAGACCGAAUCAUCUUUGUCACCAAAGAGGAUCAUGACGCUCCCAGCAGUGCCGAGCUCGUAGAGGAGGAUCCCAAUGACCCGUAUGAGGAGCGAGGUCUGAUUCUUCCCAGUGGGGAGAUCAACUGGAACUGCCCCUGCCUGGGUGGGAUGGCCAGUGGUCCCUGUGGGACCGAGUUUAAGGAGGCCUUCUCCUGUUUCCACUACAGUAAGGAGGAGGUGAAGGGCUCUGAGUGCCUGGAGCAGUUCAGGGCCAUGCAGGAGUGUAUGCAGCGUUAUCCGGAGCUCUAUCCUCAAGAAGAUGACAAGGCGCAACAAGAACAAUCAUCAGAAACAGACCAGAACUCAAAAGACUCUGCAUCUGAAGAAACUUCAAACUCAACGUCUGCCUCUGAGCAAGACUCUGAUACUACACAACCCAACACAGAGGGCUCAGGGAAGAGCUAAUUGUGACCCAUUAGGCUUAUAGAUCCAACUGAAAUCACAUUUAUUCAUCUCUUUUUGCAGCAUAAAACCAUGUCAACAUGCAUCGUUUUAUUUUUUUUUAUAAAUUAUUAUUUAGGCAUUUCUGCUAUAUUUAGAUACUGACAGCUGCAGAGAGAGCGAGAGAAUGACUCGUAGCAAACAGUCCGGCCUGGAAUCCAUAAUUUACCAAACUGAGUUGAGCUGUUUAAAAUGCUGCAGCCAAGCCGCUAAUUAGCUAUCUAGCCCGCAGACUGCCAUUAGCGGCGCAUUUCUUCCUGAUGAGUGUUUGUUAAUUAGCUCGUACAACAAGGUAAGGUAACAUGUUCGUGUAGUAAGUUGGAUAAGGAGGAGACUUUGGCAGGAAAGCUAAUGGGAGUUAUUCAAAAUCUGUGGCUGCUGCUUUAUACAAAUACGGUUCGGUUUGAUUGGGUUGUGGAAACAAGCUCUCUACGUCAACAAAGUACUUAAGUUAUUUUGUUGAACCAAUGCAAAUGUGGGGCGCCACUGUGAAACAAAAUUGUUAUGAAAUACAAAUUUCUCACUUUUGGUUUCUUAUGUCCUCAGACGGUGUUUAUGCUGAAGUAGAUUGAUGACGAUUUCAUUUCAGUUGGAUUUUAAACAUUUUAAAUUGAAUCAGAGACGCCUCUACUUUUGUAAAACUAAUAUAAUAAUCAAUAAAAAAAUUACUACGUACUGUGUUUAAAUUCAAGUUGUUUAAUCCUGCCUCUACAUCAACACAACACAGAUUUAAAAAAUCUUUGAUUCAAUCAACAGUGUAGGACCAAGCUUAUUAUACACACUGAAGUGUACAGUGAUCAUUUUUAUUUGCUUUGUCGGUUCGACUUGCUUUGAUUUAACACAUGUUCUGAAACUAAGAUUACAGUAAACAUGUUUUAUUCUCAUAUUUUUUCAGUUCCAUUCUCUUAUACGUGUGCUAUUUUCUUAUGAUGUGCAGAAAAUUGAAUUUUACAUGUAUAUUAUGUCCUACAAAGUUUAUAUUCAUAUUUUUACUUUGACUCAAAGUUUGUGUCAGUAAUGUUACUGAUGAAGUUGCUAAAUUCACAGAGGUGUGAAGAAUGUACUGUACCUUGAAACUUUCUCCUGUGGAUUCCACAGUUUGUCCUGUGGGGCUGCAUUUCUUCUGCUAAAUUAUAACCAGACUUAAAAUUCUUACCUCAACUGAACCAUUUGUGUGCAACACAGGACUGAUUGGAGUGACUUGAAGUGAUAUUAUUGAAAGUUUUGUAAUAAAAAUAUAUAUUGUCAGGUAU